AUUAUGUAUUUAUUUACAGCUGUUAGGGAGGAUCAAUACUACAUGGCAGGAAAGAUGAUUGCAGUAUCUGUUGUGCAUGGAGGUCCAGGACCUCAUUUCCGGUCAGAAGACCUGGUCCAUUAUCUUGCAGGUCAGGCUUCAUUUAAAGCAACAGUUGCUUCAGUAACUGAUGAAGACAUAGGGAAAGUCUUACAAGAGAUUGAGAAUGCUACUUCAGUGGACGUCCUGCGUGAAUGUGUCAUGAAACACAGCACUCUGCUACAGAGAGCAGGUUGUCUGAGACAUGUGUCCACUGUUGAAGAGAAGAAAGACAUUGUUUCCGACUACCUCAGGUGGUAUAUCAUUGACCGCAACUCAUCGGUACUUCAUAGGUUUAAAGAUGGUCUUUCAGCACUUCAUUUUUUAGAAGCACCACAGCAACAACCCACUUUGUUGUCCCCAGUCUUGUGUCACAUUGAAAAGAAGCUCACAGCGCUUGACCUAGAGAGGCUUUUCAAACCUGACUUCAGUUCAUCUGGGAGUAACAGGAGGCUUCUGGAGAGUCAAACUGUGGAAUUCUGGGCAGACUAUCUCCUUGACUGUGAAGGUUUGUCAAUCCUUAUUUUUAGAACUACUUGUGACAAGACAUUGUGA